CUCUUACUCAUCAGCGGCCAGUGCGAACGGGAGGGACUUCCGGGGCGUCUCAGUGGCAGCGCGGUCUGUGCAGAAGCGAGGACGAAGGCGCGAGUUGGAGCCGGAGGAACAUGGCUGAGCAAGAUGUGGAGAAUGAAUUACUGGACUAUGAGGAGGACGAAGAGCCCCAGGCAGUGAAUGAUGCAACCCCUGUCCCUGCUAAAAAGGACGUGAAGGGUUCUUACGUUUCCAUUCACAGUUCUGGCUUCCGUGACUUCCUGCUAAAGCCAGAACUGCUUCGUGCCAUUGUGGACUGCGGUUUUGAGCACCCAUCAGAAGUGCAGCAUGAAUGCAUUCCACAGGCAAUCCUAGGCAUGGAUGUUUUAUGCCAAGCAAAGUCAGGCAUGGGCAAGACAGCUGUAUUUGUAUUGGCUACGCUGCAGCAGAUUGAACCGACAGAUGGGCAAGUAUCAGUAUUGGUGAUGUGCCACACCCGAGAGCUGGCCUUCCAGAUCAGCAAAGAAUAUGAGCGCUUCUCCAAGUAUAUGUCUGCUGUCAAGGUAUCAGUCUUUUUUGGGGGCCUUUCCAUCAAGAAGGAUGAAGAUGUGUUGAAGAAGAAUUGUCCGCAUAUUGUGGUGGGGACCCCAGGCCGUAUUCUAGCACUUGUUCGCAACAAGACACUCAACUUGCGCAAUGUCAAGCAUUUUGUGUUGGAUGAAUGUGACAAGAUGCUUGAGCAGCUGGACAUGCGCCGGGAUGUGCAGGAGAUUUUUCGACUGACCCCUCAUGAGAAACAGUGUAUGAUGUUUAGUGCCACCCUGAGCAAAGAAAUCCGGCCUGUCUGCAGGAAAUUCAUGCAGGAUCCUAUGGAGGUGUUUGUGGAUGAUGAGACCAAGUUGACUCUCCAUGGUCUGCAGCAAUACUAUGUGAAGUUGAAGGACACAGAGAAGAACCGCAAACUCUUUGAUCUACUGGAUGUGCUGGAGUUCAACCAGGUUGUGAUAUUUGUGAAGUCAGUGCAGCGCUGCAUGGCAUUGGCUCAGCUUCUGGUUGAGCAGAACUUCCCAGCUAUCGCUAUUCAUAGAGGCAUGUCUCAGGAAGAGAGACUCUCAAGAUACCAGCAGUUCAAGGAUUUCCAGCGUCGGAUCUUGGUGGCCACAAAUUUGUUUGGUCGUGGGAUGGACAUAGAGAGGGUUAACAUUGUAUUCAAUUACGACAUGCCAGAGGAUUCAGAUACCUAUUUGCACAGGGUGGCCAGAGCCGGGCGCUUUGGUACAAAAGGUCUGGCCGUUACCUUUGUGUCAGAUGAAGGUGAUGCCAAGAUCCUCAAUGAUGUGCAGGACCGCUUUGAAGUCAAUGUAGCUGAACUCCCCGAAGAGAUAGACAUCUCGACGUAUAUUGAACAGAGCCGGUAACCUGUGACAAUGGCAAGACUUUUCAACUACUCUUCAAUUGCUCCAUGGUGGAACCUGAAACCAAAUACUGCUGAAGCCCAGAGGGCUAUAUUUUUUUUUAAAACCUAUUGGGGGGUGGGAACUUAAAGCGGUUGUUGUUUAAAUUGCCCAGGUGGUAUUUCGCUUCAUCUUUAGCCAGUGGGCUUUUUACAUUAGAUGUUUCUAUUUUCAGAAUAACGAAGUAUGAUAAUAAAUUGGUUUUUGAAAGUA